UUUUUUACAACACAACUUGAAAUUGUUGCACAUCACCAGAAGCAAGGCAGACUGCUGCAGUCGCGGGACAAGUAAUUUUAUAACUGGUACUCAGAUUGCAAUAGUUUUAAGCCAUAAAGAGGAAAUUCAUCAAGUAUUACAAUGUCAAGUGCAGCAAAGCCGUCGCCAACCGCUGCCAGUGGGAGCUCCACGUCUGCAGCUGCCGCUUCUGCCUCAGCCUCCAAUUCAGCUGCUUCCUCCUCGUCCAAUGUGCAGGAGUUCAAAAUCCGGGUGCCCAAGAUGCGGAAGAAGCACCAUGUUAUGAGAUUCAACGCCACCCUAAAUGUGGAUUUCGCCCAAUGGCGAAAUGUGAAGCUGGAGCGAGAGAACAAUAUGAAGGAGUUCCGUGGCAUGGAUGAGGAUCAGCCCAAAUUUGGCGCCGGCUCUGAGUACAACAGGGAUCAGCGAGAGGAGGCGCGACGCAAAAAGUUUGGUAUCAUUGCCAGGAAAUACCGCCCUGAAGCACAGCCUUGGAUUCUAAAAGUGGGCGGCAAAACAGGAAAGAAGUUCAAGGGCAUCCGUGAAGGGGGAGUGGGUGAGAAUGCAGCAUUUUAUGUGUUCACCCAUGCGCCCGAUGGUGCAAUUGAGGCAUAUCCUCUUAACGAAUGGUACAACUUCCAACCCAUCCAGCGCUACAAGUCCCUGUCAGCUGAGGAGGCGGAACAGGAGUUUGGGCGGCGAAAAAAGGUUAUGAACUACUUUUCGCUCAUGUUGCGGAAGCGGUUGCGAGGCGACGAGGAGGAAGAGCAGGAUCCAGAGGAAGCCAAGCUCCUUAAGGCGGCCACGAAAAAGUCAAAGGAACUGAAGAUCACUGAUAUGGACGAGUGGAUUGAUUCCGAAGAUGAAUCCGACUCGGAGGAUGAGGAGGAAAAGAAAAAGAAGAAGGAGCAGGAAGAUAGCGACGACGAUAAGAGCAAGGGCAAAAAAGGAGCCGACAAAAAGAAGAAAAAGAAGCGGGAUGUGGACGACGAGGCGUUCGAGGAGUCUGACGACGGUGAUGAGGAAGGAAGAGAAAUGGAUUACGACACGAGUUCCAGUGAAGAUGAGCCGGAUCCGGAGGCCAAGCUGGACAAGGAUAUGAAGGGCGUUGCCGAAGAGGAUGCCCUGCGGAAGCUACUCACCUCCGAUGAGGAGGAAGACGACGAGAAGAAGUCUGAUGAAUCGGACAAGGAUGAAGCCGAUGGCGAGAAGAAAAAGAAGGAUAAGAGCAAGGAUGAUGCCUCCAAGGACAAAAAGAAAAAGAAAGUGGGCAAGGACGACAAGAAGGGCAAGUCAAACGGCAGUGGUGGCGAUUCUUCCACGGACUUUAGCUCAGAUAGCACCGACUCCGAAGACGACCUUAGCAAUGGCCCACCCAAAAAGAAGCCAGCCUCCAAGGAGAAAGAACGAGAGAAGGAUAAGGAAAGUGCCACGACCAGCAGUAAAGCUUCCACGAGCAGCAGCAGCAAUGCGAAUAAAUCAAGAUCUGCCACCCCGACCUUGUCGCCAGACGCCAGCAAGCGUAAGAUGAACAGCCUUCCCAGCGAUCUUACCGGCUCGGACACCAGCAACAGUCCUACCAGCACUCCGGCCAAGCGACCCAAGAAUGAGAUCAGCACUUCGCUGCCCACCUCUUUCUCCGGGGCGAAAGUGGAGGACUAUGGAAUUACUGAGGAGGCAGUACGUCGCUACCUGAAGAGGAAACCACUCACCGCCACCGAACUUCUCACGAAAUUCAAAAACAAGAAGACUGGCGUCUCGAGCGAUCGUUUGGUCGAGACCAUGACCAAAAUCCUCAAAAAGAUCAAUCCCGUCAAGCAUACGAUUCAGGGAAAAAUGUAUCUCUGGAUCAAGUAGGCUUCAAAAAUGUGAUUUUUAUUCUUUCAUAAUCCAAAUGCAUAAUUGUUCCACUAACAUA